AUGUCAACUGUAUACGUGGACCGUGGAAUGGCGUGGUGCACAGUAGUUGGUGGUUUUGUCGCCAACCUACUUCUGGGUGGUUUAGGCAAAUCGUAUAGUCUGGUUAUGGAAGCCUUUCAAGAUGUCUUUCAAUGUGGAUCAGCCUAUCUAUUUUUAGCCGGUGGUUUAAUCUAUACACUCAUGUACUGUUUGUCUUUGGUUAAUCAUCUCAUUUCCAAACGAUAUGGUAGUCGACCUGUUGUAAUGGCUGGUGCUUUCGGCUCUUGUAUAAGUUUACUAGUUGCAGCCUGUUCACCUAAUCUAACUCUUUGGGUGUUUGCCAUCGGUUUCGGAGUAGGAGCUUCAUUAUCUUGUAUCUACUUCACUGUGUUUGCUGUUGUCGGUUGUUGCUUCAAGCGUUAUCUAGGCCUGGCGAAUGGGAUUAGUGUAGCCGGUGUCAGUGUUGGUCAAAUGGUAUUCCCCUCGUUGAUCACCUAUUUAAAUGCCACAUACAGUGCUAGAGGUGGAACUGUGAUAAUGGCUGCCAUCUGUUUACACCUACUAGUCACAGCUGUAUUAAUGCCACGGCAUAUCAUCGAUCCAGAUUCACCUCCUCCUCCGCUAUCGUCAACACCGCCGGAAAAAGUGGAGUCUAGUAAGACAAAAAAACGAUUGCAUCGAAAAUUAAAGUCGAAAGAAGGCAAACAGUUGAUGUCCACCAAGGAUUUAUUAUCUGAUACACAAGAUAUCAAUGAUGGUGUUGAUGCAAAGUUGAACAAUGCAGUAGAUGAAUUUCUCUCCAAGCUAGAUGAUCAAAGAGAUAUGGUCCACUCAAUUAGUGUUGCUAAAGCAUUCGGGGAUGUUGGCGAUGUUAGUGUAUCGUUUAUAGCACCAUUGUUUGGCACUGAGUUAGCAUUGAGUGCUAGUACAGUUAAUCGAGCCAUAGCUAUUGCUGGUGUGGGUGAUUUAGUUACACGUGUUGGAGUUGGCUGGCUAACAGACAGACCAGCUUGUGUUGGUCGUCGUGGACUUCUGUUGGCUUUCACAUGGUUAAUUGAAGGUUUGAAUGCUUUUGCUUUCGCUGAACUCAAUCGAUUGUCUGGUAAAUAUGAUGCGAAUAGUUCCAGCAAUGAUGAUUCAUUAUCAUUGAAAGCGUGCUAUUUUAUCUGCUUUGCUAUUCAUGGUAUUUGUAGCGGGACAGCAAUGACACAAAUGGUUGUUGUCCUAUGCGAUUGGGUUGGCUCGUCAGAGUUGGCUCAGUCACUUGCUGUAACUAUGGUCAUUCUUGGAUUGGUCAUCUCACCGGGACAAUUUCUUAUGGGUUUUAUUGCUGACUAUACUGGCACAUACAUUUGGUCUAUGCAGAUCUGUGGUCUUAUCCUUCUAUUGGCUGGCUUUAUUCUCCUCUUGGAAUUCCCUGUUCGUCGAUUAUAUCCAACAGAUAAAAAUAAUAAUGAUAAAUUAUACAUUGAACGUUGUGUUGCCGUUGAUGAGGAUGUCGAGUCAGCAAAAGCAGCACAAGUGCAUGAUGAUGGUGUUGUCAAUGGAUCGAUUAUUAAUGGUAAGCAUCAUUCACCUAUGAUGAAUAGCAUCACCUCACCAAUGCAUGCAAAAUGGGAGAUUAUCGAUUCUGAUCGGGAAAAUACUACAGAACACUUAAAUACCACCAAGUCAAUCCAGGUCUAA